AUGCAGACUUCAUUCCUAGGCCAUUUGGUGCGCAUGCCGAAAAACCGCCUGGCGCGCCAGGCCGGCCCUCCGCGGCGCCUUCCUUAUUCCGGGCAUCCCGGAGCUCGAACGCCGCUGGUUGUCGAUGCCCAGGCCAGGACGGUCCCCCGACACCUUGUGGCCGCAGGUGCGGCAGACGGCCGCGCGGUUUUGUGGUUUCAAGGGCGGGGACUGCGCACGCUCCGCUGGACGACUCGCGGCUCAUUGCCAUGGCCCCGCGCCGCGAUUCUGGCCGGGCGAACAAAUGAAGCGGCAGGGCGUGGCGCUUUGGGGCCUGUGGGGUCUGGCGGUAUCGGGCCCCAUACGCCCGAAGACCACGACGCCGAGACAACGGAUGCACGGGGUCAAUCGAUGCGGC